AUGGCUUCUUCUCAGGGUCUACUGACUUUCAUGGAUGUGGCUAUAGAGUUCUCUAUGGAGGAGUGGCAAUGUCUGAAUUCUGCUCAGAGGGCUUUGUACAGAGAUGUCAUGUUGGAGAAUUACCAUAACCUGAUUUCUGUGGGUGUUGCUGUUUCGGAUCCAAAUGUAAUCCACUGUCUUGAAGAAAACAAAGAACCAUGGAUUGUUGGUAGAGAGGAUACAGAAGGAAGAGAACCAGUUCAUUGCAGAAUCUAUAAAGGACUGAAACCUUACAAAUGUAAUGAAUGUGGCAAAUCUUUUACUCAGAAUUCACACCUUCAAGGUCACCAAAGUAUCCAUACAGGAGAAAAACCUUACAAAUGUAAUGAAUGUGGCAAAUCAUUUAAAAAGAACUCAAUACUUCAAGUUCACUACAGAGUCCAUACAAGAGAGAAACCUUACAAAUGUAAUGAAUGUGGCAAAUCUUUUACAUGGAGCUCAGACUUUAAAGUGCACCAAAGAAUCCAUACAGGAGAGAAACCUUACAAAUGUAAUGAAUGUGGCAAAUCUUUUACAAGGAACUCAGUCCUUAAAAUUCACCAAAGAAUCCAUACAGGAGAGAAACCUUACAAAUGUAAUGAAUGUGGCAAAUCUUUUACUCAGAAUUCACACUUUCAAGUUCACCAAAGAAUCCAUACAGGAGAGAAACCUUACAAAUGUAAUGAAUGUGGGAAAUCUUUUACAAAGAACUCAAACCUUAAAUUUCACCAAAAAAUUCAUACAGGAGAGAAACAGAAACCUUACAAAUGUAAUGAAUGUGGCAAAUCAUUUGCACGGAACUCACAACUUCAAGUUCACUACAGGAUCCAUACAGGAGAGAAACCUUACAAAUGUAAUGAAUGUGGCAAAUCUUUUACUCAGAAUUCACACCUUCAUGUUCAUCAAAGAAUCCAUACAGGAGAAAAACCUUACAAAUGUAAUGAAUGUGGCAAAUCUUUUACACAGAACUCAGAACUUAAAAUUCACCAAAGAAUUCAUACAGGAGAAAAACCUUACAAGUGUAAUGAAUGUGGCAAAUCAUUUGCAGGGAACUCAACACUUCAAGUUCACUACAGGAUCCAUACAGGAGAAAAACCUUACAAAUGUAAUCAAUGUGGCAAAUCUUUUAUUCAGAAUUCACACCUUCAAGUUCAUCAAAGAAUCCAUACAGGAGAAAAACCUUACAAAUGUAAUGAAUGUGGCAAAUCUUUUACACAGAACUCAGAACUUAAAAUUCACCAAAGAAUUCAUACAGGAGAAAAACCUUACAAGUGUAAUGAAUGUGGCAAAUCAUUUGCAGGGAACUCACCACUUCAAGUUCACUACAGGAUCCAUAGAGGAGAGAAACCUUACAAAUGUAAUCAAUGUGGCAAAUCUUUUACACAGAACUCAGACCGUAACAUUCACCAAAGAAUUCAUACAGGAGAAAAACCUUACAAAUGUAAUGAAUGUGGCAAAUCAUUUGCACAGAACUCACAACUUCAAGUACACUACAGGAUCCAUACAGGAGAAAAACCUUACAAAUGUAAUGAGUGUGGCAAAUCUUUUGCUCAGAGUUCACACCUUCAAGUUCAUCAAAGAAUCCAUACAUGA